UUGGAGCUUGGCAUUGGGGGCUUGGGAGUUGGGAAUGCUACUUUAUCCUAGCAAUCUGACAUAGGGAUAGUUGAUGCAUGUCACUGCUACUGGAAUCACCGAACCAUGGCCCCACCAAUCUGACAUAGGGAGUAGGGAAUCCUACUUUAUCUUUAUAUUCUAAAACUUUCAUUCUAUGUUCUAAAGUUUACCUUCUAGUUUUAAAUUUUACUUUUUAUGUUCUAAUGUUUACUUUCAUUGUAUGUUCUAAAGUUGACCUUCUAGUUUAAUUUUUUCACUUUAUUCUAAAUUUUAUUAUGUAUGUUAUAAAGUAAUUCACUAUGUUCUAAAGCAAUAUGUUAUAAGUAUGUCCCUAAUUUACUAUAUUCUAAAGUUUAUCCUUGAUGUUCUAAAGUUUUCUCUGUAUGUUCUAAAGUUUUCUAUGUAUCUUUCUCUUUAUAUUAUAAAGUUUUUUUUUUAUGUUCUAAUGUUUUCUUCAUAUUCUAGGACUUUCAUUGUAUGUUCUAAUGUUUACUUUCAUGUUCUAAUGCAGUUGGUGAUAUUUAUCGUACUCCAGAGGUUGUUGGAUCAUUUAGCCCUGGUGGUACCACUAAGGAAUGGAUUCCAAGUGUUCCCGAGGAGUUAAAACCCAGUUUGGGGAUGAUAUUUAAAGAUCCUGAAGAGGGUCUUAGUUUUUAUAAAGCAUAUGCAAAUGCCGCUGGGUUUACUUCUAGGAAAUCUACUACUAAAAGGAAGAAGAAUAACAAAGAUAUAAUUGCUUUUCAAUAUGGAGUUUGCAAUAAGGAAGGUUAGGGCAAUAAGAAAACCUAUUGCUCAACAAACAGUUUAUGAAGAAGGAAAAGUUCGUAUUACUAGGAAACGUUUAGUCACUCGUGUAGGAUGCAAUGCUCACAUAUGUAUGAGAUAUGAUGCUGGAAAGUAUGUUGUAACUCAUUUCAAAGAAGAACAUAAUCAUCCUUUAUAUACUCCAAGUUGUGCAAAAUUUCAGAAGGAUAAUAGAAAAAUGCAUAUUAUGCAUAAAAAGUUGAUUGUUGAUAAUUCAAAGGUAAAUGUUGGUCCUGUGAGGUCUUAUACUAUGAUGAAAGAAUUAGUUGGAUCACAUGAUAAUGUUGGUGCAUCUAAACAAGAUUUCAAAAAAUUUUAUAGAGAUUUGAAGGCUUUUAUUGAUGGAUCAGAUGCCCAAAUUUUAGUGUUUAUGUUUUAG